UAUAUGCGCAGGAGCGUCCCGGGUGCGUUUGCUUGUGCAAUGUUUGCAGGGCUGCGUUCUCAAGUUUAACCUGCUGAAAGAGUUUGCGACACCUCACGAACUGAAACCGUCGCAGUGCAUUUGUUAGGACAUGUAAAACAAUAUGUGUCUCUUUUUUAAGCGUUUUUCCUACUGGGAGCUGACAGGCUUGGUAGCAUUCCCUUGCUGUCGGCUGUAAUUGGAAGCAUCGCACUCAGGAUUAUGUCAGAUGCGGUUUUUUGUAGAGAGACAAGAAUUAAAAUGUAUCUUGAAGAAGAAUGAACGUGGACAGUCGAAGUAUAGAAAGGUUAUAGCAGACAAAUACGAUGGAUAAUCGACGAAAAAGGAAGCUGACAUUCUUCACCAUUGGGCUCAUUUUUCUUCUUAGCGGCGUGGAAUAUGCUGUGAUAUUGCCCACAAUAUGGAAGUACUUGCAGACUUUAGAUGCAGCACCUUACUUCCUGGGUUUGGCCCUGUCCGCAUUCAGCUUAAGUGGCCUCCUGUCAGGGCCGCUGUUUGGCCACUUGUCUGACAGUACACGAACAACCAAGAAGAUCAUCUUGUUUGCCAAUGUUUUUGAGAUAGUUGGUAAUUUCAUGUAUUUCAUGGGCUACUCCAAGUGGCUCUUACUGUCAAGCAGAUUGGUAGCGGGCAUUGGCACGGGUGCUGGCUCAUCUAUCUUUGGCUUCCUGACCCGAAGCACUGCUCCAGAGGACCGUGCUACAGUAUUUGCUGCUGUUAUGGCAUGUCGACAAGCUGGCCUUCUGAUUGGUCCAGCAUUUAACAUCUUCCUGAGGCUGUGUGAUUUCCACAUGGGCCCUUUUGUGGUUAAUAAAUACACUGCACCUGGGUUGUUCAUGUGCCUACUGUGGAUUCUCCUUCAGCUGGUGGUGGUCUUCAUGUACUGGGACCUACCACCUCUGGAGAGAAGGAAGGCACAGGAGAGUUCGACAAGCAAGAGCGGGGAAGAGGAGAAUGAGCAAGGGCUUGUGGAAGACGAAGAAGAGGACAAUGAUGAGGGAAAGCCGCUAAUGAGGUCCCAAGAGCUGGUGGGGUCUUACGGCUCAGUGGUGACACCCAACCCCUCAGGAAACAACAUCUCUGCUGCCUCCAGUGCCACGCUGAAUCACAUCUCCCCACCUCCCUCUCCAACACCAUCAGACACCCAAGAGUCCUCCAGCCCCUUUAAGAAUUUCAGCAUAUCCCGAGAGUUCCUGAGAGAAGAGGUGGUUGUGCUGCUGGCUGCUCAGUUCAUCACCCUCUUCAAUCAGACUGCAUUGGAGACCAUGGUGACUCCAUUGACUCAGAAGUACUUUGGCUACGGGGAGCUGGAGAACAGCGUCAUGUACUGUCUCUGCGGUGUGGAGGUGAUCGCCGGCUUCCUCUUUGUGCGUUGGCUGAGCCGGCGUGUCGCCGAACGGGUGGUCCUGGCCAUUGGUUUGAUCAUCUGCAACAUCUCUGGUGUCUGGUGCCUCAUCUUCCUGGCUAACCCACUAGGUGGUUUUCCAUGGCAGCUGACCGAGUUCGUCAUUGGGGUGUUUCUGCAGGUUUUGGGUUUGCCAUUUGUCGCUGUGGCUCAGGUUUCCCUCUUCUCCAAAGUCACUGCUGAGAGAACACAAGGAUUCAGUCAGGGAGUGCGUCGCUCAGUGGGAGGUCUAGCUACCAUCCUGGGCCCACUGUGGGCCGGUGGCCUCACUGAGAACAUGUAUAUCAUGUUGGGGGUGAUGAUGGCACUGCUGGCUCUGCUAACGAUGAUGCUGGCUUUCUCAUAUGAGCGUCUGGUUGAGCCUGCUGCUGAGGAGGAAGCUGACAGCCCAGACAGCUGUGGUUAAUCCAACAGGAAAAGUGGAUAUGGAAGCACACACCUUACCACCGCCAGAGUGUUUCCCUAAAGCUUGGACUCCUCAGCUUUUGUGUGCAGAGGCAGAUGAAAACACUGCUUUGCUGUAUAUGUAUAUUUCCCAUGGAAAUAUAGAAUCCUGAUCGCACCACAUGUGCAAGCUUUGGUUGAUAAUGGUUCCCGUCCUUUUGUGUUCUGCAGCACCAACUUGGUGCAUUACACAUUCUGCUUAACCCGUUAAAUGACUGUUAAAUUAAUUAACAUGCAAAAUGGUUGUGGAUUCGGCUGACCUCUUACUUUGUGCUGUAGGAGAAUCAAUUAGCUGUUUAGCCUUUUAUACUUAUUACCUCAUCUUCUGCACAAACAGGCAUUCAGAAUAUUUAUCAGCUCCCUGAACAGAACCUUUUUAUCUGUAAAGAGUUUCUUUGGCAUGUAGAAAAACAAGGCUUUAUUCUCCUCUUAAGUAAAAUACUCAAAAGAUUUGGCCAGACUUUUACUUAGCAGAUACAUCAGAUGGAUUUUAACCUUGAUCAAACAUUUUGACAAUCUGCUUCUUGAUUGACAAUCAUUUCAUCUACAUCUGAUAUAAAAAAGGUUUCUCCUUGAACACACCUAAAUAUUUACAAAAGCUCUCGCAUGUGAUUUUUGUGAUUCUUGGUUUGAUUCUUAGCAAAUUGUAUUUAUGCAUUUCAAAAUUUCAAAGUGGCCUCUAUCAUUGAAGCAAUGUGUUGGGUCAAUCUUUGUAAAAGAACUACUAACACUAACCCAAAAGAAUUGAAUUAAUGUGGAUUUUAAUAAAAUUCUCAGGGAAACGUCAAAUACUUGCAGUCUUGGUUGUGAAAACGGUCACAUUAGGAGAUAUUACACUUUGGCUCAACAUUAUCUAUUGGUAAAUUAAUUCUACAAAUAUUGGAAUCUGCCUUAUAAAAAAAUCUACAGAUAUCUCUCAAAACUUAAUUGAAGGAGGCUAUUAAAUUUUCAGAUCUGCCUGGUGUAAAGGCUGUUAAAUGAUGAAACAAGUUUCCCGCUUUGAAAAGAGCUGAGCAAUGCAAAUUUGUGGUACUUUGAUGGCGAUGUAGUACAUACUUUCAACACAGGUGGGUGCUCUCAGUCUUUUUUCCAAAGUAUAUGUUCCCCAUUACUGAUGAGUCUGAUGUGUUGAUGUGUGAUCCUCUUCAGCCAGAAAAUUCCAGUGCACUAUUACAAAAAAAAACACAUUUAGGGAAAAACAUCUAAUGGUUGUGUCAGGUGGUAACACAGAAAAACACAUAGCUAUCAGUCUAACAACAGUUUUUUUCCCUAAAAUGCUUUAGAUGUUUGUUUUUUAUAAUUUGUUCAAAUUUUAUAUUCAGACACCAAAAAUCUGUUAUGAACUGAGAAUAUUUAUUUCUUUAUUUAUUAUGUAUUUAUUUAUUAGAUCUUUUGUGGGCACCUAACAUGUACAUUAAUUUUUUGUACUCCUUGUCUCUAUACAAAAACAUAAACUUUCACCAUACUUGA